ACCCCGCUGGAGCCGACAAGGGAGCAGCUACUAAAUCACUUUUUUGAAAGAUUUAAAUUUUACACGUCACUCUGCCUCGGUACGUCAGCUAUACUCGCUGUCUUCGCUUUCCUCUUUCUGAUACCGUUCGUGGUGGAACCAGCUAUACAGACGAUUCUCGCUGAAUUCGUACCAGAAGCGGGAAUCUGUUCUGUUGCCGACCAUGUUCAUGCGGAGACACUGACGAACUGUACAUGGGCAUCGUGUAGGGAAGGUUGUACUACGGCACACACUAAGUGUCAUAAAAUCCGAGUAAAUCUCGCAAGGAAACCUUUUGUGGAAGGAGCACCCGCACCAACUGAAUGGGACGAGACAGACUUGCGAUUUUUGAUAAAUCCCGAAGGCUGUGGAUAUCCACCGAGAGUGAAUUGCUCGGUGUUCGCAAGUGACUACGCUGGUCCUCGAGCCCCGAAAACUUUCCCAUGUUACUACAGUCUGACACGACCAGAUUUGGUUGUCGCAAGAUACUCAUGGGAAUCGACUGUGAGAGGGUUGAUCCUCGCAUUGGUGCUACCAACCACUGUCUUCGUAUUCAGUCUUAGUGUGCUCGCCUACUGGCAUUGUCGAUGCUGCAAUAAAGCUUGCAAUAGACGGGUGCACGCUGAGUCAUUCACGAGCAAAGAGGAUAGCAAGCUCCUUUGUGAAUUGGACGAAGACCCGAGUGAUGACGUCUUCUGACGCCGAGCGACUGUUGCUAGGCGACGUGCCUCCCCACGCUCUGAAGGGUAUACGCAGCUAUGAACCUCUGCGGUGCGUAGCACUGCGUAGCAUAGUAC